AUACAUUUUAAACGGAGUGUACAGCAAACCGUGUACAGGUCGUACAGCCCAACUAUUUUACACACAUCUUACUUGUUUCUACUUCCAACACAUUAAUGGUUGUAAACAGAUUGGAAUUUGUAAAUGAUUAGGGUAUUAGAUUUUUAUAAAAACAUUAGACACAUAGGUAUUCCAGCACAAUGCUUCAAUUACAGCAGUACGGCAGCAGUAGUGGAGAAGAAUCGGAACAAGAAGACUUAACCUCUCAUUUGAAACCUAUUGAAGGAAAUUCUUCAAUAGUGUCCUUACAAUCGAAGAUGCAAGUUUGUGCAGCUCCUAGCGUGGUUCCUCUGGGUGCUGUAGAUACUAUGCGUCACAUAGAUUCAACAUCGAAAGAAGUUAUGUAUAAUCCCAAAUUCGAGGAGCUAUUUGCUCCAGAGGUUGGUCCAGAAAAUCCGUUUCAGACUCAGCAGCAAAAAGCUCACAAAAACAUGUUAUCUGGAUAUGUAGAACAAGCCUACAUUAGCGAUUUCCAAUUUGAAAAUCAGCGAAGGACAUUUACCAGUUUUGGUUAUGCUCUUGAUCCCACUGUUGAUGGUUCUGCCCUGGAGGGAAAAACCAUCAUUGGGGCUACAGAAGCAGCAAAAGAAGCAGAUGGAAAAACUGUAUUUGAAAGUACAAAAGAAAGACCAUCAGAUAGAAGAAAAAGAAACAAGAAUGAUGAUCCAGCAGAUAUUCAAGGUUUCCUUGGCCCCUGGGGAGGGUUUAUUGAUGAAAAGCGGGUUAUGAAACCCAGUGAUGAGGAAGCUGUUGAGUUGGAAGAAAUAUUAGCAAAAAGACAAAAACGUGGCAAGCAAACGGACGACAAACCAUUGGAAGAAAAAACUGUUUUACAUAUCAAAGACCCAGUGGAUUACCAAGGACGAUCGUUUCUUCAUCCUCCUCAAGAUGUUGGGGUUAAUCUUAAAUCAGACUCGCCACCAGCUCGCUGUUACCUGCCAAAAGUUCAAAUUCAUACUUGGCAAGGUCACACAAAAGGCAUUUCUGCGAUUCGCUGGUUUCCAAAAUCAGCACAUUUAUUACUUUCAUGUAGCAUGGAUUGUAGAGUAAAGUUAUGGGAAGUGUACAAUGAAAGACGAUGCAUUCGUACAUAUUAUGGUCAUCGACAAGCAGUUAGAGAUAUCAGUUUUAAUAAUGAUGGGACCCAGUUUCUUUCAGCUGCUUAUGACAGGUACAUCAAGCUAUGGGAUACUGAAUCAGGACAGUGUAUAUCACGUUUCACCAGUCGAAAAAUUCCUUACUGUGCAAAGUUUAAUCCAGAUGCUGAUAAGCAACACCUGUUUGUAGCUGGCACUUCAGAUAAAAAAAUUAUAUGUUGGGAUGCUCGUUCUGGUGAAAUCGUUCAAGAAUAUGACAGGCAUCUUGGAGCAGUUAAUACAAUUACAUUCGUUGAUGAAAACAGAAGAUUUGUUACUACUUCUGAUGAUAAAAGUCUGAGAGUUUGGGAAUGGGAUAUUCCUGUGGAUAUGAAGUAUAUUGCGGAUCCGACAAUGCAUUCCAUGCCUGCUGUUACUCUUUCUCCAAAUCAAAAAUGGUUGGCAUGUCAAAGUAUGGAUAAUAAAAUUGUUAUAUUCUCUGCCCUAAAUAGAUUCAAAUUAAAUCGGAAGAAAACCUUCAGUAGUCAUAUGGUUGCUGGUUAUGCGUGCACAUUAGAUUUUUCACCAGAUAUGAGCUAUCUAAUAUCUGGUGAUGCUGAUGGCAAGUGUUACAUAUGGGAUUGGAAAACCACAAAACUGUAUAAGAAAUGGAAGGCCCAUGAUAAAGUGUGCAUUGGAGUUUUAUGGCAUCCACAUGAAGCUAGCAAAGUGGUCACUGCUGGCUGGGAUGGGCUUAUUAAAUAUUGGGAUUAAGACUUAACAAUACAGUGGUUGUUUCUUCUCAGAGGGAUUAAAGAACCGAAGUUUUGAAAUAGUACCCAAUAACUGUUAACGUGUUAAUAUUAGAUCAAAUAAAAAAUACAUUGUAUAUAUACUUUUUAAGAUUAUUGUUUUGUGAAAUGAUUAAGUGUGGUUGAUUUAGUGCUUCAUUUGUAUUGCAAUGGAUUUGCUAUUUGCAAUAAUCACUGCCUUGUUAGUAAAUCAUGGCAGUGAAUUGUAAUUCAGAGAAAAGUGAUUUUAUAUGGCACGGAGUUAAUGUUCCUGACAGUACAAAACCUGAAAGGUUGCAGUAAAAUACAAUGUUUAUGUAAAAUACUUGUAGAAAAUUUUGUAUAAAUAUCCAUGCUACAAUGAAUCUGUUGGCACAGAAUCAAUGGCUCAAAUACGUUUCAUCACAUGAUUUUGUAUUUAGAAGCUAAAGAUCAAAUACUCAAAUAUUAUAUUGUCAUGUAUCGCAGACAUGUUUGAGCUUUUUGAUUAAUAAAUAUUAUUAGCAAGUUAAUGGAUGUUUGUAAAAAUAGCACAAGUUGUCCUUCAUAGUGCUAACACAGUUAUGUGUGUACCAUGUGUUUCAACUCAAAUUUUGGAGAUUCUUUGAAAUCCAUUUAAACUGAGUAUUGUUAAUUAGAAAACAACAUUCAAUGAAAAAAAACCCAAAAAGUAAGCAACUAUUAAAGAAAAUUAAUAUAAUGUAAAUUACAAUAUUAAAAUAUUGUAUAAUCUAAGUUGUAUGUAUGUAAAAUGUAUUUUAUUUAUUUGUGCACUUGCAUCUCGUCAUUGUGGAUUUGGAUUGCUUUUGGCGUUAAAUGAAAUGUAACGUAACAAAGUGAUGUUUUGUGACCAGUCUUGUAAUGUUAAGGAAUAUUGACAGUGAUGGAUUAUUAACAUGGAGCAAUUGUGUAUGAUGUCAUGUACAUUAAUCAGUGAAUAUGCUUGUAUGUAAAUAUUAUGUAUUUAUUAUGUCAUUUGAUAUUUGUAUUUUAAAUUAUAAAGAGAUAUCGUAAUAAAAACUUUUUUUUGUCAUAAAAAAUAUAUUUUGUGUGAGAUCAGU